AUGGCUUUGUCUCCUUGGUCGUGGCCACUCUGGUGGCGCCUCCUAAUCCUCUUUAACGUUAGCAUCUACAAUAUGCUCGGCAAUGUCUUUGCUGCAGGCAUAUCGCCUCUCUUCGGGCUCAUUAUGCAGGAGUUUCACUGUACCGAGAAUGAAGCAUCGCAGCUCGGCACGUACGUCUUGUUUACCUUGGGUCUCUCGAACUUCAUUGCUCUCCCCUUGGCCUUCCUUAUUGGCAAGCGCUACACGAUCGUCGUCUCUCUCGUCGUCUUCCUUGCCGCCAACAUCUGGAGCGGCGAGGCGCAGUCCUACCAAUCCCUUCGGAGCGCCCGCAUCCUAGGUGGAAUGGCCGGCGGCCUGAUCGAGGCUCUCGCUCCUACCAUAGUCACCGAGACGUUCCCGGAACGCCAGCUAGCCAGGGCCAUGGUGGUCUACGUCGGGUUCCUUGCCACUGGAGCAGCGCUUGGUCCCAUCAUUUCGGGUGCCGUAGCCCAGGGCUUAGGAGAAUGGAGAUGGUUCCAGAGAAUCAUGUCUAUCGCUGUGGCUGUGAAUCUCGUCUUCAGCAUCAUCAUGCUCCCGGAGACGACACACGACGACAUGAACCUCAGCGAAGGAGUGGCCUUGGGGGAGCAGGGAGAAGAGGCGGAGACAAGGAAGACGCAGUGCAAAGCCGAGGAGAGCAUGAUCGAGAACGCCACGAGCAUCGCACAGACCUCAUCGCCGGUUGAACAACCGACGCUGAAGAUGGAAUACGUGCGGCGAUCCUUCUCCCUGCACUUCGUCGAACUGAACUGGAAAGCCUCACUCAUCUCCUUCUUCCAGCCCCUUGAGCUCAUCGUCCUGCCCCAAGUCCUCGUCACUGUUGUCAUAUUCGGCCUGACCAUCGGCUGGACUGCCAUCACUUCCAUACUCAUCUCCAUCAUCUACGCCCAGCCGCCCUUCCUCUGGGGCCCGUUGCCUAUCGGUCUACUCAACGCCGGGCCACUGGUUGGUAUUACCCUUGGGCUCCCCAUCGGCGGUGCCCUCGCCGACAUGCUCUUCAACCGCGCAACCCGACGAUCCAACGGCGUGACCAACCCAGCAACCCGUCUCCCGGCCCUGUUGCCUGGUGCCUUGCUCAGCCCUGCUGGCUGCGUAGUCAUGGGCUUUGCGCUACGAGACCCGGGCAAUUACAUUGUGGUAUCCGUGGGCUGGGGCAUGCUAUGUCUCGGACUUACGAGCUCGGCCAACGUUCUUCUCACGUAUGCUGUCGGCUGUCCGCCGACGCGGGCCGGACAUAUCGGCGCCCUGGCCAACGUGACGAAGAACAGCAUCGGGUUUGCUGUGUCAUAUGGUGCUGUGGACUGGUUGCGGAGGGUGGGCCCAGUGAAUCAGUUUUCCACUAUGGCGGGCAUACUGUGGGGGUCAUACCUCCUCGUGAUUCCCAUUUGGAUGUUUAGCAAGACGUUGGUAAGAAAGACAACGGCCUUUGCGUGA